AAAUCAGGAGUUUCUUUUCAACCAAUGUAUUGCGCUAUGCACUGCACGAGCUUCGUCUUCUUCUUCUUCUUCUUCUUCUUGAUAUCAUCAACUUUGUGGGAACCACAAUGGGCUUUGGAAGAAAAUACCCAAGAAUUGGAGCUCGAGUUUCUGAGUCGAGAGUUGCUGAAAUCGGCGAGAGAGCCCGAGUUCUUCGAGUGGAUGAGAGGGGUCAGAAGGAGAAUUCAUCAGUAUCCGGAGCUGGGUUUUCAAGAGCAGGCGACGAGUCAACUCGUGAGGUCCGAGCUCGACUCGCUCGGGAUUCAGUACACGUGGCCGGUUGCCGAGACUGGAAUCGUUGCCUCUAUUGGGUCUGGCUCUGAACCCGUUUUUGCUCUCAGAGCCGACAUGGAUGCUCUGCCUUUACAGGAGCUAGUGGAGUGGGAAUUCAAGAGCAAGAUAGACGGCAAAAUGCACGCCUGUGGUCAUGAUUCUCAUGUAGCUAUGUUAUUGGGAGCAGCCAAAUUACUUCAUAACAAAAAAGAUGAGCUUAAGGGAACAAUAAAGCUAGUUUUCCAGCCUGGGGAAGAGGGCUAUGCCGGUGCUUACCAUAUGUUACAACACCCCGGUGCUCUUGAUGACCUUGACGGCAUCUUCUUCAUACAUGUUUUGCCAUCGUAUCCAACUGGUGUGAUUGCUUCAAGGCCUGGGACGAUUCUCGCUGGCGCCGGGCUCUUCUCAGUCACGAUUAGAGGGAAGGGCAGACAUGCUGCAACUCCUCAUCAUAAUCGAGACCCAAUUCUUGCGGCGGCCUUCACAAUCCUUUCUCUCCAACAGAUUGUGUCUCGUGAGACAAACCCUCUUGAGGCCAGAGUGGUAACAGUUGGGUUCAUAGAGGGAGGUAAAGCAGGUAAUGUAAUCCCUGAGUAUGUGAAAUUUGGGGGUACCUAUAGGAGCUUAACCUCUGAAGGUUUAUCUUACAUCCAGGAAAGGAUCAAAGAGGUCGUACAGUUGCAAGCAGCCGUUCAUCGAUGUGAUGCAGAGGUGGAGUUCAUGGAGAAAACACCUUUGCCUUAUCCUGUGGUGGUUAACAACGAAGCACUAUAUGAACAUGCAAAGAAGGUUGGAGAGACCUUGCUUGGGGAACAGAAUGUGCAGCUUCUUCCAGUAACCAUGGGAUCAGAAGAUUUUGGCUUCUUCUCUCAGAAGAUCCCUGCUGCGGUUUUUGUACUCGGGAUAAAGAAUGAGAGUCUGAAAUCGGGUCAAGCACUUCAUUCUCCUUUCUUUUUUGUUGAUGAAGAAGCUCUUCCUAUAGGAGCAGCUCUAAAUGCUGCCGUCGCAAUCUCUUACUUGGAAAACAACAUUGUUGACCCUACUUAUUAAUGACAUCUAAUGCCUUCCAAACUUAUAGACUUAGAUGAGUGAAAAAGUAAUAAGACAGUUGUUUAAGCUUGCAUAACACAACCACAAAAAUUCUG